UCUAUUACAUUUAUUGAGGAUGGUUUUCAUAGUCCACCAACGCUGCGUGAGACACCUUGCGAGUCAAGUUCAUCUCCAAAUAGAGCGGAAUUCCCGACUUCUGCUUCACACCUCUUGUGUCAGAUACAAUUCCUCACAGCAGGGUGAUAGAAAAAUAGCAGAGAAGAAGCAGAGUUCAUCAGAUCACAGUGUUUCAGUGUUUGAGCGCCUGAACAAGGAAGAUACUAAGGCAGUUACUGUCACCCAGAAAGUGGUAGAAAACGCUAAGACUUCAGUGAACUUGUUUGUGAUUAUAGGAGGUUGCGGUAUAGUGCUUUAUCUUGCUUACAUGGUCCUGUCUGAAUUCUUCUCUAACGUGUCACCUUCAUCUGUAUUCAAGAUGGCAAUGAAGAAGAUAAUGAAGGACGAGAGAACGUCAUUGAUAUUGGGAGACAAGAUAAAGGGGUACGGAGAUCCAAAUAGCAGAACUAGGAAACGUCUCGAGCAUCAGCCGUACAUGGUGGCAGAUGUUGACUAUCUGAGGGUUAUAUUCCACGUAGAGGGAACCAAGAGAUCUGGAGUGGUUUCCUGCGAUCUUAAGAAGUCUAAAAACGGAUGGAAGACUAGGUACAUAAUAAUAAAACUGGACGGGUUUCCCCCCGGUAAGAUAACGAUAGAAGAUAACAGACACGAGACAGACGCGGAGGAUUUACCUGAUAUUGAUUACAGCGAUGUAGCCUUCUCCGAGGAGAAUGAGUAA